AUGUCGGCAGCGGAACGAACGCUGAUAGCACUGAUUGCGGAUGAGGACUCGACGACGGGUCUGCUGCUGGCAGGAAUCGGAAACGUCGAUGAAAAGGGCGACAAAAACUUUCUGAUCGUCGAUAACAAAACGUCGGUCUCGGACAUCGAGUCUUGCUUCCAUCACUUUACCAAUGAACGCAAAGACAUUGCUAUUCUGUUGAUCAACCAGCACAUCGCCGAAAAAAUCCGUCCCGUUGUGGACAGGUAUACGCAGGCCUUCCCUGCACUCCUCGAGAUCCCCGCCAAAGACCACCCGUACGACCCGGCCAAGGAUAGCGUCCUGAAACGCGUACAGAAGCUGUUUGGAGAAUAG